AUGCAGGUCGUCACCACCAUCUGGACCGUCCUGGCCGUAUUCUUCCUUCCGCAGUUGAAGUUGGACCCUACCAGGGACUACGUCAUUGUGGUCCUCGUGGCCAUCCAGGGGGGCCUCUCGGUCGUCCUGGUCAUCUUGAUGGUCCCGUCGUCGACGUUCUCAUUCCACUGGGAGCGGCCUGGGAGGGUCGAGGACAGCGGCGAGUUAGAGAAGCGGGCUGUGAAGAUUGAGGAUAAGGGUCAGUGA